AAUAUCAAAUGUCAUAACGGUCACUACAAUUUCCCUCGCCAUAGCAUGUAAAACCGUAAACCCUAAUAAUCCACUUCUUCCUCUUCUCUCUGCUGUUCCCUGUACCUUACAGCAGCACGAGAGACACAUAACCCACCCCACGACGCAUUUAGAUAAAUAAUCAUCAUGCCUUCAAUUGUUGUAUCGGAAUCUCAAUCCCCUGAAAGCAAGAAGAAAAUGAAGAAGCAGCUGAAUCCCGAAACUCCGGAGCUUGAUGAUUCUGUUGAGAAAAAGACCCAAAAAGAGAAAAAAUCCAAAAAGACAAAACUGCCCUCAAACCUUGAUUCAAAUACUGUUAAGACAACAAAAAAAGAUGAGAAGAAGAAGAAGAAGAAGCGGAAUGCUACAGAGAUUGACGAGACUGAUAAUGAGGAGGAGAGGAGCGACCCUAAUUCGGAAAUGGGCGAUGCGAUGAAUUUGAAUAUGAAGAAAAAGAUGAAAAUCGGUAAUGAUGAUGAGGAGAAGGUCGAAAAUCUGAAUGCACUGUCGAAUUUUCGGAUUUCAGAGCCGUUGAGGGAGGUAUUGAAGGCUAAGGGAAUUGAAUCGCUGUUCCCGAUUCAGGCCAUGACUUUCGAUACCAUUCUUGACGGGGCUGAUUUGAUUGGAAGGGCACGCACUGGUCAGGGCAAAACUUUGGCCUUUGUGUUACCCAUAUUGGAGUCAUUGACAAAUGGACCCACAGUAGCUUCAAGAAAGAAAGGAUAUGGGAGAGCGCCUAGUGUUCUUGUACUUUUACCCACUAGGGAAUUGGCCACUCAGGUGUUUUCAGAUUUUGAAGUCUAUGGUGGAGCAUUAGGGUUGAAAUCGUGUUGUCUAUAUGGUGGGUCUCCAUACCAGCCACAGCAGAUCCAAUUGAAAAGAGGUGUUGAUAUAGUAGUUGGAACUCCCGGACGCAUUAAGGAUCACAUAGAGAGGGGGAAUAUUGACUUAAGUUCACUGAAGUUCCGUGUCCUUGAUGAAGCUGAUGAGAUGUUGAGGAUGGGUUUUGUUGAAGACGUUGAACUGAUUCUAGGUUGUGAACCCCCACGUGAUGUAGAGGCAUAUAUUCACCGGUCUGGACGAACGGGGAGAGCGGGGAAAACUGGUGUUGCUGUAAUGCUUUAUGAUCCAAGGAAGUCAAAUUUUUCUAGGAUAGAAAGAGAAUCUGGGGUGAAGUUUGAGCAUAUAUCUGCUCCGCAACCAGCUGAUAUAGCUAAAGCUGCUGGUGCAGAAGCAGCAGAAAAAAUCAACGAGAUCUCUGACAGUGUAAUUCCGGUAUUCAUGGCUGCUGCUGAAGAGCUUCUAAGCACCUCUAAUUUAGCGCCGAAAGAACUUCUAGCAAAAGCUCUCGCCAAGUCUGCAGGUUAUACUGAGAUCAAGAGUCGAUCCCUCCUCACUUCCAUGGAGAACUACGUUACAGUUCUCCUUGGAUGUGGAAGGCCCGUUUAUACACCAUCGUUUGCUUACAACGUUCUGCGUAGAUUUUUAUCUGACGAAAAGGUAGAGUCCAUUAAGGGUCUUGCUUUGACGGCUGACGGUAAUGGUGCAGUGUUUGAUGUGGCUGCCGGAGAUCUGGACACCUUCCUUGCUGGCCAGGAAAAUGCCGCUGGUGUAAGCUUAGAAGUAGUGAAAUCACUGCCACGCUUACAAGAAAGAGAGCAGGCACGGGGAGGAAGGUUUGGAGGUGGUGGGCGUGGUGGAUUUUCUGAUCGGAGAGAUGGUAGGUUCUCUGGAGGAAGAGGAGGAAGAGGGGGAUUUUCUGAUAGAAGAAAUGAUAGAUUUUCGAGAGGAAGAGGCCGUGGCAACAGCAAUUGGUGAAGAACCCUGGUUACCCUUCACACACAAAACUUUAAUGCCAAAACGGCAUAGAAAUUUUGGGACAAUGAAAUUCUUUUUGGUAUUAUGUUACAUUACUAUAUUUU